AUGAAACUCGAUCUUUUCACAACAACAUUCCUUUUUUGCUUUGUGGCUGUCACAGUGUCAGUACAUCCUAUUGUUAACCAAAUAAAAGACUUUAAAUCCUGGGAUGAUAAAUCUUCUUGUAAAAGUGUAAGUACUUUAUUUGACAUUCAGAGAAGAUUUGCGUGGCAGCUGAGUAGUCUAGCUGCAAGUAAAAACAGAGUCAAAGGUCUGCUAUUGCCACAGGUCACUACUCUUCACCUAUUUCUGAAGGAAUUAAACGACACAAAGUUUGCCAUAUUCUCUUCUUUCAACUUUCUAAGUAAACUACUUAGAGAGGACUACAAAUCGAUACGUGAUGUCAAAGGGGGAAUUGAAUCAAGGAUUAUAUAUUUUCAAAACGAGAUUGGUCGUGAACAAGAGUUGUUUAACGAGAUCUUAAAAGCAGAAAAGGAGCUGGACGCCAUUAUUAAGGAGAAGGUAAAACGAAAUGACACGUCAAAUUCACAUUCUUCAAAAAUGCAAAAGUAUGUUGAAGAGGUUUUGAGCGACGUUUCUAUCGCAGCAGAUAAACUUGAGAAUUCUCUGGAGGAAAACUCUUACUCAAAACAAGUAGGGGGUGCAUACGAGGUCGUUCUCAGAGUGGAUGAGAAUGAGGAAGGAGAUAUUUUAGAGAAUAUUGAAAAUAAUGUCAGCAGGUCAUUGAGUGAUCAGAGCAAGUAUGUAAUGACAACGUUGAUUGAUUCCAGCAGUAAUCAUUACGUGUUGUCCAAACCAAAUGAUCCGACAUUACCACAUGAGGAUCGACAUUUGAUACAGAAUGUCAUUUGUAUUGUAAUUAUUUCAUUUCUGUUUGCACUGGUGUGCAAUGUGCUUCACAUGCCCACAAUGUUUGGUUUUGUUGUUACUGGUAUGAUUCUUGGUCCACCUGGUUUGAAUUAUAUUCAGGUAAGCCCUACAAGCCUAACGAUAAUGACAGUGUCCAAUAGGCUGAUGUGAUACAGUUUAUCAAUAUUCUCGAUGUGCAUCGGAUCGGAUUGGACGUUUAUAAUCCGACAAUUGCCUAAUGUUUAAAAUCCGAUCCGAGUUUUGAUAAAGAAUUCCAAUCCGAUCUGAAGAAUUCUUUAAUAAUAAAAAUAAAUUUCUCAUUCAAGUUGAAAUAUUUAACCAAAUAAAUAUAAAAGCAAGAAAUAGAUGUCAAGAAGCUGACAAAGUGACGUCCAAUUGAAGUAUCAAACAAAUAAUGCAGCGACUGUAACUGCGAUCAUGAUGCUUUGAUAAGUGCAUAGAUAAUUCAUUCUUGUGAUAAUGUGUGGAUAAUUAAUUCAUUUUAUUUCGGAUAUCGAAGUCCAAUCCGACUACGAAACAUUAUUAAUCCGAUCUGAAAUGAAUAUUUUGAUUCCCAAAUCCAAACAAAUCGGUUUCGGAUCAGAUUUGCACACCUCUAGUAUCAAUAUUUUCAAGAAAUAUAAGUGUGAUGAGUCGACAGCCGAGUUGAAUGGAACAUUCCAUCUUUCACCAAAUGAAAAUAUUCUUACCAUUGCACGAAGAAACAUUCAUUAUUUGUUUUAUAUAAUACCAAAAUAGACUAAUAGAUUCGUAUGAGAAGCAUUUUGAGGGAUGCGAUUUAUCGAAAACACAAAGAGUGCAAUUGUACUAUAUGUUUUAUUCCAUUGCACUCGCGGAGAGUGCAAUGGAACGUGUUCCAUUGCACUCUUGGGAAAUGGAAUUUUCUAUUCAAUAUCACAUGACCAUAAACAGCCAAUUAAAUGAUUAGAAUUUAAUAAGGUAUUAUAUAAUAGGUAGCUAUAGUAAUUAAUGGACAGAAAUCCCGGCAGUAUAAUGGACGUAUACCCUAGACUGAUACAAUAUUGAAAAUAUUGGUAAUAUCAAAUAAUGCAAAUUAGAAAAAUGUAGUUUUAGUAAACUUGCAUGUAUACCCCAUAUCACAAGCAGCAUGAAACUAGUCAAACAUUAAAAUAUUUAUUUACAACAGUUUAUGAAAUGUUUAAUGAUUUAUUUGCAACUGCAGCCGCUUGUGUGGGUGAUCUUCUGUGAUCACACUAAUACUCUGUUUCACUUUUAAAUUGCCCACAUACUUGCUAAACUUUACCAGACAAUAUAAAUUGCCGAAAAAAGGAGAUUAAGUUGCCUAGUUAAAACUUUCUAUAUUUUUUCGAUAUAUAUGAAAAAUUAAAUAUCGAUGUGAAAAGAGGCACUGUCAACGAUUUACCUAAAUUGCACUUUACCUAUAGCUGCCAUUGUCAAUUUGUUUGUGCCAACACAAAGAGAGUGACUAGAAGAUAGUUGGUUUGGUCCGGCACGCAAGAUGACUUCAGACCAAUCUGUCAGCAAUUUUUUGUCCCGGUCUCAUGUAAACAUACAACAGUAUCUAUAAUAUUAAAAGUUAACUGUUUUACAUUUAACUGUGUAAUUAUGAUAUUUUAGUACUUUUCCUCAUUUCCAUAUCUUUAGUCUGUGGUUCAAAUUGAAACACUUGGUGAGUUUGGUGUUUUUCUUAUCUUGUUUUCACUCGGACUGGAAUUCUCACCUGAGAGAAUAAAAAAGGUAAAUGUUCACAUUUACUGUACAUUACAGUCAUGGCUGGACUUGGGGGGGGGUACACCUCCCCUGGAAUAAUUUGCACUUCCCCUGAGAAUUGCUACCCCGCAGCUCCCCUUGAUGGAUUAAUUAAAAGUCAAAACUGAUUGUUAUUAAAUUUAUGUGUUGCUUUAAGGUCUUUACUUUAAGUUCUUCUGCACUCUAAAAACACCUUGGUUAAGACUUUCCUGGUUAAUCCAGAAAUAACCCUAUAUGAGUUAACUUGAUUUAUUCCUUCUUAAAUUUCCUGCUUAUUUAUCCACCUAACAUAAUCUGGUUAAUUUAGCCGGGACAAAUAUUUGACCAGAUUUGUGGUUACAAUAACCAGGAAAUUUAAGUUGCCCCAACCCAGAUAGGGUUAUUUCUAGGUUAACCAGGAAAUUUUUAACCAGUCUGAGAGUGUAUGUAGACUAGAGUGUAUAAAAUCAAAAAACUGAUAAUCCUUCAUCCCUGUGUCAAUUACCAGUGAGGAUUGACUCAGGAUUCCCAACAGAAUUAAGAGCCAGUGAGAGGUAGUGGUAGCGGUUUUGAUGUGUUGAUGUAUGUAAUUCUGUUCCUUCUUGUUCUGACUUAAGUUACUGAAUCAGAAUGAUUAAUGUAUUGAAUGAAAUUAUCAACUCACUAAAGUGUAAAUUUUAUAUGUAUACAUUUAUUAGUCCUUUGAAGCUCCAGGACUGCAUUUCCGGCGUUUCUAAAUUGAUCUAAAUUGACUGCAUUUUACAAAAAUGGUUAUCAUUUCACAAAAAUAACGACUUUAUUACGCAAAUUUUACCUGAAAAUGUCAAAAUUUAAACUUGAAUUUUACCUGAUUUUUACCCGAGUUUCACAGUUGAAGGGGGGGGGGGGGUUACAACCCCCAGUCGGUACGUCCCUGGCGAGAGUUGGAACCCUCAUCAUCUCUCAUCCUCAUUUUCAAGACUGGAGUGUACGGUAACACACAAUAAUGAACAACUCAGUUCAUACUUGUAAACACCUGGUUGCUGUCAUUUUAGGUAUGGAAAGUGGCUAUUUACGGCAGCACAUUUAUAAUGGUUACAGUGGUGCUUUGCGGCAUUGUUUGGGGGUUAUUUUUCGGAAUUCCAACGCGACAAAGUUCCUUUGUAGCUGCAUGUCUGUGUCUGUCCAGCACGCCACUUGUGGCAAAGUUUAUUUCCUCCGCAGAAAAGACAUCGUUGGACACAGGUGAAAAAUGUAAGCAAAUCAAAUAUUCGCAUAUACCGAAAAAAAGUACUCCGAAUAGUACAGCAUCAUAAACUCAAGAUGACGACAAUGACUAAAGGCCCAGUUACACUUGCAAUUUUUGCUGCUAUUUUAGAUGGAUAUUUUCCUCUUCUGCAUGAUGGAUGAAAACGAGUGUAUGAGUUAUCAAUGCACAUACGUAUGAGGGUAUAUACACUCAGUAUACCAUUGAAAUUCAUAACUAAUCUACUCGUUCAUAUCCAUCAGAAGAUGAAAAUCGCACUAGAAAUCGGAGCAAGAAUUGCAAAUGUAAUUAAACGGGCCUUAAAACGCCUUUGAAAUCAUGAAGUCGAAAUAAGACCUUUAAUUUUGUGUCUUCCUCUUCAUCAACUCAUGUCCUUGAGUUUACAAGAUAAUUCUUUUCGGAGUGUAUCAUUUUCCAUCGUAUUUAGUAGUUUUAACUAUAUAUAACUAUUUAAAAUAGUAGUUUUAAUAUUUAGUAGUUUGAGCUGAGCUCUUAAGAGAGCUCAGCUCAACCUGAUCGAGGCAAAGGCUUUCUAAGGACAACAACCAUCGUAUGAGUCAUGUCUGACCAUGGAGCACAGUUACGGUAAAAUUAAGGGUCAGUUAAGGGUUAUCCAUCCUGUCAACAUUGGCAUUGUUUGGGCGAAGGAACCCACGACUUUUGGUAGAGCGUUAACUUACCCUUUUCACAUAAGUGCAUGUCAUGAGUCUGUAGCGAAAAUCGAUCCCAUGAUCUCAGAGGUGCAUGUAAGGCGUUUGCUUUGACUACUGCCCCACCAUUGAAGUUAUUCUGACUCCUAAAUCACCGCAGAGGCGUGGACACUGCUGAUUUUGCGGUUUUCUUUUCGUAUGUAGAUCAUACAAAUGGCGACGAUUAUGCGGGCCCGUUACUUGGUAUUUUAAUCAUGCAAGAUGUUCACUUGGGCUUUCUGAUUGCCAUUCUUCCUGCAUUGGCUGGACAUCAUGGCACACGAAGCGCAAGAGUCAUCAAGUCUGGAUUGAUUCAUGAUCUGGUGCAUGGAAUUAGGCAUUCAGGUAUUGUACAUAAUCAUUUUGAGCGUGCAUGAAUUGAAACAGACGUGUCAUUGAAUCGGGAUAAUAAGGAUCGACUUUAAUUAAUAGAGAGGUUGCAUGGCAAAUACAACGGCAACGAGAACUUGCUCAUCAACAAUAGUAUCUUCACUCAAGACAACGGGGACUAAAUUUACAUUCCCUUAUAAGCAUUCUAGUACGCCGUAUAGUUACCCCGCUAACAGAAUAAAACCUUCCAGUCAUUUGGGGUGUUUUAUUUGAAUUCACAUUAUUCACUUACUAUAAUAGCUACUUCAGGGAAUUUCAGGGUUGUUUGAAAGAAAGAUAAGUGCUUUUAAAAGUUUAGGUUACAACGGUAAAUCAAAGAUUUUCAAGUCUCUUGUACAACGCAAACAUUUCAAUCCGUGACAAGUGCAGGUACUACAAAUUUCCCCAGCAUUAUCUAUCGAUUCGUAUUUAUUUUUGAGCUAUUAUAUUUCAAAUGCAAAGCACAUAUACAUUCUAUCUCGGAUGGCCGAGUUGCAUGCGUGGGCAAAGUGUUUACAUGGUAAAAUAUUAAUCUCGUCUAGGUGAUAUCCCGCCUCUUUCUGCCGGAAACAAACAGUCACCCGGGAUUUAAUACUAUAAGUUUCUAUAAUAGCCGGGAUUUCGCCGUUGCCGAGUAAAACAGGCCCUUAGAGCUAUGCGGUUCUCGGUUCCAGUCUAUUGCAUGAGGGCAAUCUCGUUCCCCGAGCCUGCGAUCCUCGGGAAGGAAUCGAAGGCUCUGGGAUAAUCCGUUACCGGAAGCCAAGAAUCAUGGCUAAGAUUGAACUACGCAUUCCAUUUCAAUGGCCAAUCAGAUUCCUCCCUGAAACGGAUUAUCCCAGAGCCUCGCGUUCCUUCCCGAGGAUCGCAGGCUCGGGGAACGAGAUUGGCAUGAGGGGUGAAAGAACCUUGGUUCCAGUCCAUUGCAUGAGGGGUGGAAGAACCUCGGUUCGGUAUUUUCAAGAGAAGGACAACUCAAAACAUUGUAAUGUAAUGCUCAAUAAAUUGUAAUGCAACAUGAAAAUAACAACUUAUUGAUAUUUGGGAUACAAGUAUUCUAAAUGAAAUUAUGAAAAGAGAAAUAUCUUUGUUUGUGCAGACAUUUUGUUAUAUUUCCGACAUGAAACAGUGACACGUCGGGAACCGAAACUACCUUUUGUGCAUGCCCGGUGCCGACUUUCUGUUCCUAAAACAGAACCGUAUCAACCGAAUAUUUCGGUUAACCGCACAGCUCUAUAGUCUGCGUGCCGAUAUCCUUAAAUUUUUCAAAUUUUUAAUAAAUUUGAGCAAAAAGGCUUUCAAGGACAAAACGCUGCAGCACCAGAAGGGCCCGAAUAUCUUGACAACCGAAAUAGACCUCGGAAGUAAUAUUACACAUUAUCCAAUCUUUGCGCAAUAAACUCUCGGAUAUACAGUAUUUGGAGAUAAACAAAUAUGGCAGACUGUUUGGUGUAGUGAAAUGAAUAUAACUGAGGUGCUUAUAUGGUUCAGAGAUGGUACUUUUGGGGGUGGUCAUUGGUAAGUGUGAAAUGCCUAGCACUAAUAUUUCACAAGAAAAUAACCAUGCAAUAAUCAUAGUUAAACGUCAAUUUGUAGCUUGCAACUUCAGAUAAACAGCAGUGGACUUACAUUACCUUUUUCCCUAAAUCUUUUUUAUAGAAACAUAAUUGGUACUUAUUUAAAUAAAUUAUCACUGGUUUGGUGUAAAAUAGUUAAUAUUUUCUGACCGAAAUAAUAAUUUGAAAUGUGCCUACCUCCUGCAAAUGGACGUGUUUGGCCAAGUUCUCCACUUUACUCCGCUGUUUAUCGGCGAUCUCGUCCACAUCCUUCCAAAAAUUUAUAUCAUCUCACACAUAAUGGUAUCAAGAACAUUUUAAACAAGUUUCAACUUGGUUUCAAGUAGAUCAUAGCUGUUUAACCAUGGACAAGGUAAAUCCACAAAUUUGUCCAAAUUCGGCGCCAUUUUGUCAUCCCGUGUCGGUUGUCAACAAUUCGGCCUUGUUACUCUUCCAUCCAAGCCAUUUCCAUUCCAGUAAUAAUAAAUUUAACCCUUUAUAACGGUAGGAAACUAAAAAAUCUAAACAAAAUAUAAGAAAUGCGGCAUUUUAUCACCCUGCGAAAUGUUGCUCACAAGUCUUUCAAAACAUUCCGUACAAAUCUCGCGUGACAAAGUAACAGGGACGUGACAGGGGGGGGGGGUGUGAAUUAUUUCACACGAAGAUAGAAGAAGGCUGCGUGAAAUAGACUAAAACUAAGCUAAAUACAAUCAUACAAACGUUUGUUUUAUUUCUUGUAGCGACAAAUAUAUACAUAUUAUUAUUUAUUAAUAUGAACAAGUCAUACAAAUUAAAUGUUGAUUGUUGGUUUUACUGUCAUACUGUGUGGGCUUUGCUUUCAUUUUUCAAGUCUCCACCCCCCUGUCACGUCCCUGUUACUAAACCACGCGAUAUUUGUACGAAAUGUUUUGAAGGACUCGUAAGCAACAUUUUGCAGGGUGAUAAAAUGCCGCAUUUCUUAUAUUAUAUUUUGUUUAGAUUUUUUAGUAUCCUACCGUUAUAAAGGGUUAAAUUUAUUAUUACUGGAAUGGAAAUGGCUUGGAUCUUGGAUGGAAGAGUAACAAGGCCGAAUUGUUGACAACCGACACGGGAUGACAAAAUGGCGCCGAAUUUGGACAAAUUUGUGGAUUUACCUUAAUUGUCCAUGGUUAAACAGCUAUGAUCUACUUGAAACCAAGUUGAAACUUGUUUAAAAUGUUCUUGAUACCAUUAUGUGUGAGAUGAUUUACAUUUUUGGAAGGAUGUGGACGAGAUCGCCGAUAAACAGCGGAGUAAAGUGGAGAACUUGGCCAAAUACGUCCAUUUGCAGGAGGUAGGUACAUUUCAAAUUAUUAUUUCGGUCAGAAAAUAUUAACUAUUUUACACCAAACCAGUCAUAAUAUAUUUAGAUAAGUACCAAUUAUGUUUCUAUCAAAAAGAUUUAGGGAAAAAGGUAAUGUAAGUCCACUGCUGUUUACCUGAAGUUGCAAGCCACAAAUUGACGUUUAACUAUGAUUAUUGCAUGGUCCGUUUUCUUGUGAAAUAUUAGUGCUAGGCAUUUCACACUUACCAAUGACCACCCCCAAAAGUACCAUCUCUGAACCAUAUAAGCACCUCAGAAUAGCCAAAGCUAUAAGGUUUGGUAGCUAGCAGUAUGGCGAAAGCGUUGUUUUUGGGUGUGGUCAGUUUCGGACGUUUCGCCCCGGAUUGGGGUUCGGGCAGCGUUACAAUGUUGACCGUCAUGGUCAACUUGCCCUAAAACAGUUGAGAUUAUCUGUCCUAAAUGAAAUGGAUACAAACUCAUAUACAGGUCCUAGACUACGCAGUACAAACUGAUUUACACGAUUAUAAAUAUAACAACUAGAUAAAAUAUAUACAUAGAGUCAUUUAUAUGUAUAGGUAAUUGGCAACCUCUGAUAUAACUUUAACAUUUAAAAAGCCUAUUAAAGGCGGUUAGAUGAAGGACAACGAUAAAAUAUGCUCUAUAGUUCGAAAAUAGGUCAGUAAGUGUAAAAUUACGAAUUAUACUUAAUUGUAACAAAGUUACGAAACCGUUCAGUAAAUAUAAGCGGUGUAGGAGGAUUGCUGUUUCGCAGCAUAAGGCAAUAGUUAUGGACGGGUUCGUAACUUCGUACGGUGUUUCUUUAAGAAUAUUUACCAGCGGAUUGCAUGCGAAAGGUUGACUUGUGACACUUUAACUUCUGAACGAACGACUUGCAGGCAUCGCCUCUGUCAGUGAUCAAUUAAUGUAUCAAGUCCGGUAGUAUCCAGCGCAUCGGCCGCAUAUGACAAGUCAGGAUAGAUGAUUUUAAGUGCACGACGUUGAGUGGACUCAAUUUCAUUCGACAAUGUGGAUGUAAUUGAGUCCAUUCAACGUCGUGCUCUUGAAAUCAUCUAUCCUGACUUGUCAUAUUGUCCGGAAAUGGGAUUGAUAUGCCCGGUGGACUUUAUUGCCGGUAGCUGACGUCACCGCCACGCUACCGGAAGUGCAAGCUAAGCAUGUUUUCUAAGUAUUCGGGAAAAUUGUGAAAAUAUACAACAACAUUGUGAUUUUUAAGCGAAAUAUAUUUGGUUUAAACCUUUUAUUGUGACACUUGUUGUGGGAUACAUAUCCUUGGAGGCGGGAUCCCCAACAAUAUGCCGAUGCACUGGAUACUACCGGACUUGAUACAUUAAUUGAUCGCAAGAGGCGAUGCCUGCAAGUCGUUCGUUCAGAAGUUAAAGGGUCACAAGUCAACCUUUCGCAAUCCGCUGGUAAAUAUUCUUAAAGAAACACCGUACGAAUGCCUCGCGAUUCUCUCGCGAGUCCAGUUCAGAGAGUGAGCAUUCCGUUUCAAUAAGAAAAAACUAAAAGGACGUUUUACCUGAAUAAAUGCAUUAACAGAAGGUUUCGGCAACGAUGUUAAAACGGUUUAUAGAUAACCCAAUUGUAAAUCACCUUCUGGUGAAAUUGGCUACCUGAAUAAAGAUUAUUAUUAUUAUUGUUGUUUGUUUUGUAAAUUUUAAGCCGGCUUUCAAGAAUACAUAUUCAUGUUGACGGAUUGACCGCGCUCUUCGCAUGCAUGAAAAGACUGGGACUGCGUUGAAGUUUGGCUUCAAAUUUCCGGUUGGUGGUACGUAUAGCGUUCCAGUUAUAUUCAUUCCACUGGUUUGGUGAAGCUGCGAGCGAAACGAUUUCAGGCGUUGAUUGUUUCGGAUAUUUGAAACAACCGUUAUUUCAAAAACAGUUAUUAGAAACACAACAAGUUGACCAUUAUAUUAACUUUUGGCGGCAUUUUGCAUCUUAGCGCUCGUUUUAAUAAUAAUAAUAAUAAUAAAUAAUAGUAAGGAAGCAAAAAACUUUUAAAAUCUUAAUAUAUUUUGUCACAUAUGUUGAAGAUUACUUGAUUUACCAUAGCUGACACAAACACAGUACUAGUUUUUAAUCUUGUCCCCCCUCGACAAUCUGACGUCCUUGUUGAUAAAAAUGGCGCCGUACGUAGUUAAGCUCGCUAAUAUUAGUACGUCGAACACUAGAGAGGUUCAGCUUUGACUACACCGCGACCGCUAACUCUCAUUAGCCCAGUGCGCAUUUGGUUGGUUAAUCGGGUAGAUUAAGCCCAUCUGAUUUGUUAAUUGUCCCGUAAAGGUAGCGACAGUGAAAGUCAAAUAUGAACACCUCUUAGUAAUAACUCAAACAUGUGACUACAAGCCCUUUUGACCCAUAUUUGUACGUUUAUCUUAAUUAAUAUGUUAAACAUUUUCGUAAAAUGACGACGAAAUUCACUGACUACAAGCAAGCCCUAUAUACUACUAUAUAUAUAUAUUUAUCUUUUUAGAGGAGACGCUUCCUGCCGGUUGGCUGAUGUUUGAACUGAUGUUUGCCCUACUUGGAGUUCUUAUAUUUUGUUAUCUCAUAUCGAAGUAUUUUUUAGACAAAUUUUUUAGGUAAUACGGACUAUAUCCUUUAGGCAUUCACGAAAAUACACCUGUCCGCACGAAAUAUAUAGUGGAUGGCAUAGUGAUUGCCCACAAUGUGAAUGGACUUGGUUUAUAUUAGCUGUUAGCUGCUUAAUUUAACUCUCAUGCCUCGGUCAAACGAGAAUUCAUAGAGUUGAUGAGAGUUGAGUGGAUAUUACCGCGUGUGCAUGCGAAAACUCUCAUCAACUCUCCAAAUUUGAACCAGUUCAAAGUUGAUAAGAGUGCAUGAGAGUCGAACGCGAGCGAGCGAGAGUCGGUCAAACUCUCAUCAACUCCUCCUAGAGUUGGAGCACGCUGUCCCCAUCACCUGGGCUCCUGUCACAAGCGCCAUAAAUCAUGAAAUUUUGAUAUUGGUUAGACUGCGUUUGUUGUGCUGGGGUGCUUAAAACGGCUUUCCAGAAAUGCACCUCCAUUAAAUUUGCUAUUAAAGUAAUUUAGUCUACUGAGCGCUGCAUCUAUUGAAACGAUUUACUUGUUAAUGUAUCAUUUACUGAGAACGAAAGUGUUGAUUCGCUAUCAAUAAUCCCUUGUUUCAUUUUCAAUUCCCAGGUUUCUUCAAAGUAGAGAAGACGGCCAGUUAGAGUUGUUAACACUCGGAGUUUUAGCAUUUUGUUUUGUAUUUCUUCAGGUAAGUUAGAAAGAUGAUACAAGCAAUGAAAAGGAGAACAUAAAAAUCUUAACGAACACUUUCCAAGAGGAAAGCAACCAACAUUUUAUGAAUGUUUUAUAGUUCGUGGUGUUCAUGAUCAUGAACAUGAGUAUGUCUUCGAAAUCUGUGGUUUGGAGGAAGUCACUGAAAAGGGAUGUUAUCCAAAAUACUAUUUCGGAUUGGAAAAAUCAUAGCGCGCCCCACCAGCACAUAACCUAUAAACGCUCCCUUAGUUUACCACUGCUCUAUUCUAUGCUUCCUUGUUAAGCCCGUUUUCCACUAGGCGAAUUUGUUCGCGCGAAGCGAAGUGAAAAAAUAUGUUCAGAAAGGUGAUCGGUUAAGGGGAAAAGUCCCCGCGAAGUAAGAACCGAGUUCGGUAGCAACGAUGUUGGGUUGGGUUAGCCACAUUUAUAAAUGUCGAUUUCAUGAAAUAUUUGUGGAAAUUUUCUUGGACAUCUUUUGCAAUUAAAUUUAAAACUGUUUUGGUAUAGUUGACUGAGAUUCUUGGAAUUUCAAUGGAGCUUGGAUGUUUUAUGGCCGGGACGGUGAUAAGUUCUCAAGGAGAAGUAAUCACGGGAAAGGUUGGUGGUUUUAUUGUGGAAAAUCUCAUAAAAAUACUCGGGAACUACUGUAGUGCACGUUUGUCUAAUGCAGGUAUAACAACAUGCAUUAAGGUGGCUCGAUGUAAUUUUCAGAAAAGUCUGGUGUGCAACAUUUGGCGUAUGCGACUAGUCGUAUCGUGUCAGUGCAUGCAUGAGCCUUUGAAUAUAUUCUAGCACAUUUAAUGCCCUGCACCAAAACCAUUUCGCAGUCAUCCACUGUAUGAGUGUAACUUUUAUUUCUCUGUAGUUGAAUACUCUAUUGGAACCAAUCAAAGAUGUAUUUUCCUGUAUUUUCUUUGCGUCUAUAGGUAUGUACUAUGUUCAUCAGUAUUCUUAAACAAUUUAUCAUGUUUACGCUCGCUACAUGCCUAAUGCGAAGUAUACACUGUUAGUCCAAAAGAGUAAACACGUCGGAAAAGGAGUUGUUCUGGGAUCAAAUUAAUGCAGCAAAAUUGUGUAUUUGAUGAUAAAAGCACACAACUUGGACAUUUUUUUGCUAUAGGGGCAUUACAGAUUAUCUCCUGGUUGCCACGAAAGUUUGUUUUUCUUACCGUUUACCUAUUACAGUCAUAGAUAUCUUAUAUACACUAAAUAGUGCAUCUAAUUAUUCUGCAAUUCAAAAAUUGAAGCCGUGAUUGCAGGCUCAGGGUAUUUCCAUGAAAUGAGAAGAUUCGUGUAUUUUCUAUUUCUUAAACAGGGAACUUAAACAUUAAGUUAAACCUAUUCCAAAUAAAUUUUCAAAACUAUUCAAAUGAUGAAAGUUAUUGUUGUUUUUUAAGCGUUUAUUAGCGAGUGGGAAACACCAAUAUGGCCGCCAUCUAUUGAAAUGGAGGUAACCGCUGGAAUAUUCUUCGCUUCAAUUUUACUAAAGGAGAUGCGCUAUCUAGUGUAUAUAAAAUAUCUAUGAUUAAAGUACUAUGUUAGAAAAAAGUGAAAUUUCGAAGUUCACUUUUAGCAAAUAUCACUUACAUCGUUAGAAUAAAGAUCGCAAAAACUAUGUGAAGAACUUUUAAGCGGGUAGUACGGUUUCCCAAGCCUAUCCUGAGUUAUUAACGGUUAAAAAUCGGGCAAAAUGGUACAAAAAGGCCAUAAAAUACUGGGUUUUAGCAGGUUUAAAAGUGAACUUUGCUAAGAGUGAACUUUGAAAUUUCUUUGAAAGAUAUACUUUAAUAGGUAAAUGUUAAGAAAAACAAAAUUUUGUUUUAACCAAGAGCUGAUCUGUAAUGUCCCUAUAGCCAAAAAAUGUUCUAUACCCUAACAUUAUGCCAAGUUGUGUGCUUUUGUCAUCAAAUGCACAAUAGAGCGUUUGCACUCAUUCCCCAGGGACCAACUCAACAAAAGCCAUGUUGGUGUUCCAGACAAAAGAGUCUAAUUAAAAUUCUUUUGAAUUGGAACAAAUCUGAUCAAAUUGGAACAAAUCUGGAAGUAAUUGGGGGGGGGUACGAUGUAUAAUCUUCGAUGUAUAAUAUUCGAAAUCUGCAAAAUCUCACCCCAAAAGUCCUUGAAAUCGCAUUUCUGGGGGGGGGGGGCAUUCCCCCAGAAAUUGGCAUGCCCCAUGAAGUAAUAUGAGACAAUAAGAUAUAGAAAGUUAAAUUUUGCUGCGGAUGUCCACUGACAAAACGCGCACGCACAAGUGUGAGUAAAUUUGCGACAAUCCCAUAUAAUCUUGAUUUUGGUUAGUUAUCUAUUUGAUCAGUUAGUGUAGAUGACAAUUUUUACAAGACCAUUCGGCAGCACUUCCCUUUGCGAUAGUAACUCCUAGUCAUAAUUAUAUCGACGACAAAAAUCCAUUGCACGGCUACGCCAGCACCCUAGAAGAUGCGGUUAAACAUUACGAGCUUAACAUCGCACAACAACGAAAUGCUUUAUAUCGUAAACUUUACAACAACAUGAGACCAGGUCAACAUGUGUAUUUAUGCACCAGUCAAUGUAACCCCCCCCCCCCAACCCCGGGGCUAUGCAGGGAUUAGCGGGGCACUAGUAGUUUAUUAAUGUCCCUAUGAGCGGGGCAUUUGCUUCGUUUAGAUCUUCGUUUAGAAUUACCGGGGCUUUUGGCGGGGAUUGGACACUAUGGAUUUGAGGUAUAUAUUUCAUCUAGCCCUCAUUAAUAUUCUGGCUUCGGCUCGGUGCUUUGACCACGUGUUUUGUCUUGACGUUUGUGUGUGAUAUUUUCGAUCGUUUUUUUAUUUUGAUCUUUCUUCGCUCACGCAUACCUGUUUUUAUUGUUAUAUACUGUAACAUUUAAUAAAAAAAUUUGUAUUAAAACAAAUAAAGACAGUGAUACACUUGGAAAUUUGAAUAACAAUGCACGCAGUUUAAAUAUAUUUCGAUAUUGAUGAUUUAACUAUGGCAUUAGGCAAAAAAAAAGACAAGAGCAAUUCAUAUAAACUUUAAAAUAUAACCAUAUUUAAUAUAAAUAUAAAGCAUUGUCUUUUUGGUAUUGCAGUAUUGCAUUUUAUUUUGUAUUUAAUUUGGUUUAAAAGGUUCUGAAAGCCCCACAGGCCGGGGCAUUUGUCCAUUUUAACUGUCUCCGCAUGGCGGGGCAUUCGCUCUGAUUAGAAACGAAAAUAUCAAAUCCCCGCCUAAUGCCCGGGGUUGGGGGGCCGGGGGUUUACAUUGACUGGUGCAUAAAGAGCAUUUUGAGCGAUGGAAUUUAGUAACUUUUGCGCCAAACGCUGUGAAUAAUUAAUGAUUUAUAUCAAUGGAAACGUAUAUGUUGUGAACUCAUAACAAAUAUUUAAUUUUAAACAGUAUAAUAGCCUGUGGUUUUUUAGCUAGCAAUUAUCUUUGUUAAUUGUGCUAUUUUGUGCCUUUAAAAUUGAUUAAAUCCUUUGUAUUGCUACAAAAGCACUGCAAACUGCCUAAUGAAAUUUCAAGGAAAUUUCAAAGAAAUAACGUAUACAAUCUAAGAAAUUUAGAGAAAUUUUGAUGACAGAAAUGAGAAAUUUUGAUUUUGAAAAUGGAAGCACUGUCACAACUGCCGUUCUUCAUACUCGCUGGCACAGAGUAGAGACCAAUCUCGUUCCCCGAGCCUGCGAUCCUUGGGAAGGAAACGAAGGCUCUGGGAUCAUCCGUUUGAGGGAGGAAUCUGAUUGGCCAUUGAAACGGAAUGCGUAGUUCAAUCUUAGCCAGGAUUCUUGGCUUCCGGUAACGGAUUACCCCAGAGCCUUCGUUUCCUUCCCAAGGAUCGCAGGCUCGGGGAACGAGAUUGAGUAGAGACAUACAGAGACGUAACUAGUGUACCCGCUUUUUUUGUGCUCAUGCUCGGCAAGUUACUAGAUGCAUGCAUCUGAUUGGAUGACGACCUGAUGACGACUCACUUUAAACUUGCUGAGCACGCGCAGUUGAUCAUUUUUCGCCCGGUCGCCUGAAAAAAAGUGGGUACAUGAAAACGUAAUCUUCCGCAGUGUUUACAACGGUCAGUUACGUCUCUGUAUGUCUUAUCUGCUCUGUGUCGCUGGUUUGAAUUGCAAACACGAUCAUUUUGUUGGAGAGACAACUGUUUAGAAGAUUUUACUUGGUGAGUUAUAAUAGUAUAUAUAUGUUAUUGUAUGUUGUUGAAAUGACUGCAGGAGACCUUUCAUGCUCUCAUAUCUUGCUAUGGUUUCGCCGAACAACACGUUAAACAUUGGUUGGAAAACAAAUGCUGUUUAAUAUACUUGUUUGUGUUGUACAAUCGCGGGUAUAUGCGUAACUAACAGCUAUUUGUUGACCGCUUUGUUGAAUCUAAGAAUUGGUGAACAACAUGUCCCGGUACCUUGCCCGUUGUCGUUUUCUCACGUAAACUUACAUUUCACAACGAAAUGCAUGCCAAACAUGUCCGGUUGAUAUUCUACUGUAAACGAAUAUGUUCUAUCCUUAAUAUUUUCUUCGCUUUGAGAAGUAUACAGAGGGAAACUGAGCUGCGAGAUCGCGCAAUGCGUUUAUAUAAUUGUAUGGUGGCAUAUUGUAUUUGCAUUAUAAAUUGUAUCUACUUUAACUUUCAGUAAAGACCAAAAUAUGGUCCUUUAAUAUAUAAAUAUGCAACACACAUAUAUAAAUAUAUAUAAAUAUACAAUUAUAUGGUGGUCGAGCGUUGCCACUAUCGUUUUUUUGUACAUUUUACAUUAUUUUAAAGAUUUUUUACUUUUUAUUUUUUUAAUUAAAAUGAAAAAUAAAAAUAAAUUAAAAUGAAAUACAAAAUAAAUUAAAAUGAAAUACAAAAUAAUUUACAAUUAAAAUUAAAGUAAAAGUGAAUUUCACCAUGGCUGAGGGCUGCCACUACCAAAAUAUUCUUUAUAAUUUUUUUUUUAAUUAAAGUGAAAAAUAAAAAUAAAUUAAAAUGAAAAAUAAAAAUAAAUUAAAAUGAAAAAUAAAAGUAAAUUAAAAUGAAAUACAAAAUACUGAUUUACAAUUAAGGCUAUGUUUACAUUGUAUCGGAUCACUUUGCGUCCGACGCAAGGCAUACUUCGAAACCCGGACUCGGACCCGGACUCGGACUCGAAGAAAAUCCGGACUCGAGAAAAACCCGGACCCGGACUCGAAGAAAAUCCGGACUCGUGUUUAACAAAACCCGGACUUGACUUUUGAAAACCCGGACUCGAAAUAAGGCAAAACCGGAUUCAAAUCAAGGACUCUGUGUACGAAAAUGCAAAGGUUUUAUCGGUAAUAACUCGCGGAUAAAUGGAUUUGUGCUCUUGCGCGGGUGCCCCUUUCUCUUCUCGCUUUUGUAUAUAAUAAAAUACUUUAUUUCAAAAGCAAUAAGCUUUGGUUUCGAAAGAUAUAGAUAUUUUUUUCUUCUAGUGACUCUGUGUUAUGCGUUAUCUGAGGAUACUAAUCAGUUAUCAUACUAUAUGGUUCCUCCCAAAACAAUCGCUAUAUAGCCUAGCUACCUAAACAAAUCAUUUAGCCUUAUACAUACUUGCUUACUUACUUAAUUUAAAAAAUUAUUCAACCACGCUGACCAUACACAACAUAUUUGUAAAAUACAUACUUCUGCGAGUAGCUAACUAGUAUCUACCCUAGACAUCAGCAUAGCAGACUCAACGUGAUCAAUGGCGGCAAGGCCCAAGGGUAAAUAUAUCCUCAACAUAUUCGACCUCGCUAUCGGCAAAAUGACACGAAAAAUAACUAGACUUCAACCAAUCAAAAGUAUAACUUCAACCAAUCGAAAAGAACGCCGGAAAAGCACAUCUCAUGUUGAAGGCAAUGAAGGUAUCGCGGCAACCGCGCCUAAAUACCGACUGUGAAGUAAUUCGAGCGUUGUUGUGCGGAUGGACAUAAAUUUGAUAAUAUAACAUGCUCUCAAAUAGUUGGACAAUACGCUACUGGAAACACGUUUAUUUUCUCUAUUUCGUUAAUAUAAAGUCCAUAAACACGAAUUAAACACCCGCAAUUAUUCUUUAUCCGAAAGUAGUAGAAAACACAUCACAAUGAAAGCAACAGCUGCAAGCCUACACCCGCGGCCAACAGUGAAAUUCGCGUUGGAUGGUAAGAUGGUUGGCGUAAAUUUGAUAUUGAGACUCUCUCGUUAGGCAAUGCGUUCAUCAUUUGCCCCAUAUGCCUUGCAUACAACCGCGGCUCGAUACUGACAAUGAAGUUUGACAAUAAAUCAAGUUAACGUUAUUUUGAGAAUCAACAAUCAACAUGCUACCCUCGUACUAGCUACUAAUUGUAGAUCGUUGUGCAUCAAUACAUUUUAGUUUUUAAUAACUUAUAAGUGCCUAAAUGAUUUGGUUCCAGUAUAUCUAAGUGAUUAUUUUGUUAACAGCAGAAGAUUAAAAAUAUCGAGAUAAAGAUAUAAGAGAUCAUCGUUUAUCAUGUUACUAAUUAUUAAACCUUUCCAAAAAACCUUUGCAUUUUCGUACACAGAGUCCUUGAUUUGAAUCCGGUUUUGCCUUAUUUCGAGUCCGGGUUUUCAAAAGUCAAGUCCGGGUUUUGUUAAACACGAGUCCGGAUUUUCUUCGAGUCCGGGUCCGGGUUUUUCUCGAGUCCGGAUUUUCUUCGAGUCCGAGUCCGGGUCCGAGUCCGAGUCCGGUCCGGGUUUCGAAGUAUGCCCCGACGCAAAAGCCAUACCGGAUAGGGCUUCGGUUUACAUAUGAAAUGUUGUUAUCGUCUCAAUUUCUGCAACGAACCGGUGGUGCGGCGGUUCGCUGUUCGAAGUGGUGCGCGGUGUAUCGGAUCGGUUUUCGCAACGCUCUCAUUGUAAUGUAAACACCAAUCGGAGCAGUUUCGGUUCAAUGCGUGACUCGGAUAGAAUCUGGCAAACAACAACUUACUAUUGUAAUAAUAUAUAGAAGAAAAUACGACGGCAUAGAUGGGCGGGGCGGAAGCUGUUUACACUCGGGCCGUAACUUUUCGCGAACGAAACAAAAACUGAUCCGAUACAAUGUAAACAUAGCCUAAAAUUACAAAGUAAAAGUGAAUUUCACCAUAGAUGAUUUCACCAUGGCCGAGGGCUGCCACUACCAUAAUGCACAGCGACCCGAGAGCUGACUCAUUAAAAUUCCUCUGUUGCGACAAAAUGGCGGGCAAUUCUGAUAUCAGAGAAGCACCUUGGAAAGAUGAUGAAAAUCUUAAAGAAGCUUUGUCAAAUUAUGUUCAGCAAGAAUUAAAAAGAAGUGAGAUACUAGACUUUGUUACUCGCGACUUUCCUCAAUAUACGUGGAGUCUCAGGUCGCUCGAUAGACGUCUUCGCCAUUUCGAGUUGUUUUGGGCCAUUCCAUUUAAUAUACACACCCCCCUAUGUACGAGGCCAAUAAAUUUUGAACCCCUAAGAAGAAAAGAUCAAAGUGCCGACACAAACACCCCCCCAGAAAUUAAGAAAUUUUUGCCUUACCCCUCAGAAAAAACGCAAAGAUCAAAGGAUGCCGAUGCACACAUCCCCUCAGAAACGCCUUUUUCAACCCCCCUCGGAAAUUCUCGUCCAUAGGGGGGUGUGUAUAUUAAAUGGAAUGACCCUUUAAUAUAUUAAUGACCAAAAUAUUGGAGUCUCGGAUGUAAUCAAAGCGGUGCAAACUGAAUUGAACGGCCCGGGUAUGCUUUUAGGUUACAGGGCCAUGCACAAAAAAAUCAGGAUAGAACAUGGUCUUAAUGUUACAAGGGAUAAAGUCUAUGAUGUGAUGACCGAGCUUGACCCAGAGGGACUUGAAAUGGGCUAUUCCAUUUAAUAUCCGUACCCCCCCUGUCGAGGAUACAUGUUUUUCAUUGUCAUACCACUGAAGAAUUCCAAGCUCAAAACUGUUUACCCCUGAAAAAUUCCAUGCUCAAAACUCUUUACCCCUGAAGAAUUCCAAGCUCAAAACCUUUUACCCCUGAAGAAUUCCAAAAUUCCAAGCUCAAUUUAACCCUUUACCCCUGAAGAAUUCCAAGCUCAAAACCUUUUACCCCUGAAGAAUUCCAAGCUCAAAACCCUUCACCCCUAAAGAAUUCCAAGCUCAAAACCCUUUACCCCUGAAGAAUUUUAAGCUCAAAACCUUUUACCCCUGAAGAAUUCCAAGCUCAAAACCCUUCACCCCUAAAGAAUUCCAAGCUCAAAACCCUUUACCCCUGAAGAAUUUCAAGCUCAAAACCUUUUACCCCUGAAGAAUUUCAAGCUCAAAACCCUUCACCCCUGAAGAAUUCCAAGCUCUGAAAAAUUUCAAUCUCAAACCUCUUUACCCCUGAAGAAUUCCAAGCUCAAAACCCUUUACCCCUGAAGAAUUCCAAGCUCAAAACCAUUUACCCCUGAAGAAUUCCAAACACAAAACACUUUACCCCUGAAGAAUUCCAAGCUCAAAACACUUUACCCCUGAAGAAUUCCAAGCUCAAAACCCUUUACCCCUGAAGAAUUCCAGGGAUCCUCGACAGGGGGGGUGCGGAUAUUAAAUGGAAUCAGAGGUGGCGCUGGUGGCAAGAAGAAAAGAAAGAAGGGGCAUUUCACGACAAAGGGAACGAAUUGGGUGCAUGCACUUGAUGGUCAUGAUAAGCUGAUGGGAUAUCAAAAUUCCACUUUCCCAUUGGCUAUCUAUGGAUGUAUUGACACUGCCAGUAGAAAGCUGUUAUGGUUAAGAGUUUGGAUAUCCAAUUCUGAACCAAAAUUAAUUGGGAAGUGGUACCUUGAAUAUCUCUAUGAAACGAGAAUAAUAUCAGCCAUGCUGCGAGUGGACAAGGGUACUGAGACUGGUGUCAUGGCAACCACACAUGCUUUCUUACGAAGUAAACAUGGAGAUAUGGAUCAACAUGAAACUGUUGUCUAUGGCCCUUCCACCUCUAAUCAGGCAAAUUUUUUAUUUAAUUGCUAAAAUUUAUUUUUUAUUUCAUUUUCUACACUUUUUCAAACUGGCACAUACUCAGCAGCAAUCAUGCAAGCCUUUAAUAUUGAUUAUAGACCCAAUGUACUUAAUCACGGACAAGAUUUAAUUUCAAUUCAUUUUUUUUCAUAUCAUUAGCACUGAUGAAGAUCCGGGCUUACGGAUCGAAAGCUUUGCAGUAAUAAAUUUACGUGGUGUUUCCACAAACAAUAGUAUUAUAUGUUUAAUCGCCAUGCAAACUUGACAAAUUAUGACAUUGGGUCAUUCCAGAAAGCAUCCAUAUAUCUCCCUCACAGAGGGAAUUGGAAGUUAAUUAACCCCCCAACAUGUACCCCCUUCUUAUUGUAUGGUCCUAAGAUACAUACUAAAUUGUUAGAAACAAAAUCCCCCUCUGGAUGGCAGAAAUCAGAGAGUUUGGCAAAGACAACGGCAACAUGGUCAUCAACAAUAGCAGACAAAGACAAAGGUGAAUGUAAAUUACAUGGUCUUUAAAGCAUUGUGCAAUGCCAUAGUUGAUGAAACUAGUGUGUGAUUUGCACAUUUUCACGGUGCAUGACUAUGGCAACAGUUAAUUCUUUCAAUGUUAUUUGAGGUGUUUUAUUUGAAUUCGCAGACUAUUUUUAUUCAUUAGGGCUGUUUUAGAGGAGGAAGAAUACUUAAAGAGGCAAAUUAAGUGUAGUAACAUAUACUUUGGCUGAAAUACAAUAAUAUAAGCAGUUAUAUUAGCAAUUAUAUUUUCCCCAUUGUCGUUGCCGUUCUAGGUUGCCAAAUUCUCUAUCACCUCCUUGGGGGGAGGACAAGUUUACUCAUCAAAAGGAGACUGCUGUCAAAGUGUUAAGACAAGCAAUAUUGGUUCACUUGUCAAAUUGGUCUAAUUUUGGAUAAGUUCUUAAUUAAAUUAUUGACCUUAAUUUUAUUUAUGUUUCAAGAAUGCUUCUAUCUUUUGUUAUGAUACCAUUGGUUCAGAAAGAACUGGAUAUUUUUCGAGAGACUGUGUGGAACUCAUAGAAUAAGAGCACAAAAGGAUGCAGUAUUGCCAAGUGGGAUUCCUACCCUCAUUUAUAGCUUUCCAGAUGAGUAUGGUCUCGAAGAAUGUGGUAAGUUGUGCCCUGCUGUAUGUACCUUAUUAUUCUACUCUGUCUAACGCCACAUGAAUUUUCUUGUGAAGGAUAGAGUCGUGCACACUAAAAUCAUACAUUGCAGCUUAGACACUACAUCAAUAUAGAGUUAUCUAACUUGCUUGCAGCUAAAAAAGCUAUUUAUAAUUAUGAAGUGCAAUCAAUUUGAGCAAUAAAGAGAGAGGGCAGCAUAUAUGGAGCCAAGGGCAGAUUUUCAUAUUUUUCUCUGGGGGGGGGUGCAAAAAAUUCAGGGGGGUGGCAAUGAUCUUAUGCAGGGGCGGAUCCAGGGUUUUUGAUGACCGGUUACUAGGUUCACCCAACUAUGCUCCCCCCCCCCGGGAAAAAUUUUUAAAUUUGGGGCUCUGAAACAGCAUUUCCUGCGUUCUGGCGUCACUUUUUAAAUUAAUUUAAUGAUUAGAAAAUGCAUGUUUUUAAGUGAAUUUUUUACUAAUAUGCAGCUCAAACAAUGAAUUGAACCUUUUCUGAAGCGUAUUAGCUAGUGCCUAGUGAUAAAAAUAUAGGAUCCGCCAAUUGCUGACACAUCGAUUUAGAUCUACACGCUUUCAAUCCAACUCUAACGACGAACUAAAAACCAAACUGCAAGAGCGUGAAUGCUUCCCAAUCAUUUCUUGAUUCUCAAUCGCCAAAGCAAUGAUCAGUGGGUCUAAAUACGCUCGGUAGUCCAUAAUCAAAUUUCAAUAAUAGAUUAGACAACAUCCAUUUUAUGAAACAGAAUAUCCUUUAAAUUAGUUAUAUACAUUAUUACAUGGAAGGUUAUAGAUUUUCUUUCUUUGGAAAAUCUGACAGGUUUAUGUACACCUGUCAAACCUGUCUGAAUCCAUUGUCAAUGUGCUAUUGUCAAUUGUUAACUUUUACGUUAAUUUGCUGCAAAAAAGCAUAUAUAGAAACAUGUUGAUUUUAAUAUUUCUAUCUUACUUAACAGUAGUUUAAUUUAGUGCUUUUAAGUUUUGGCAGGGACGGGGGUGCACAUUUUUGUUGGCGGGUGCACAAUUUCUCGGGGGGUUGGGAUUUUUGGGGGGUGCGCACCCCCCAGAAAAUCCGUCCUUGUAUGGAGCACAUAUGACCAUUCUGUAACCUUUACAUAAUACCUUAUUUUACAGGCCUAAAA